CCCUGGCGGCCCUGCUGCUUCCUCCCUGCGAGGUCGCGGCGCGGGGACCUGGGGUGGCUCCCCGGCGGGCGCGGGGUGGUCGGUGCCGGCGGGGCGGCCCUGGGGUCCAGAAUCUCAGCGGGAGCGGGUCUCCUCGGCUCCCUGUCCUCCUGUCCUCGGGUCCCCUGCCCUGCGUCCCCUGUGGGGCGGGCCCACGUGGCGGUGCGCGCCGGGGACUUUCCCCUGAGGGCCCCGGAGGCGGGAGCCGCAGAAGGGGCGGCUCCUCUCCCGAGAGGCCACCGCGGCCACCCCAGGACCCAGGGCCACCACCGUCGCCACCCCAAGGACCAAGGACCAGCACCAGUGCUGCGGCCCGGUCAUUUCCGGGACCCAUCAGGGAGUGGCAGGAACCUUUGACCUGAGGACCAAGCUCUGGAGGGACAUAUCAGUCCAUGGCUUAAGUAGUCAUCUUGCCUCCGUCCUACUGGGACAACAGUGUGGCCGCUGUGCUGUAUGCCAGUCUUCUCUUCUUAAGAGGACCUGUCCCGUGGGUUAGGGUCCCCGAAGGCUCCACUUCAACUCAAUUGCCCCAUAAGGAGUGUCCUCAGUAGGGUCCCCUGCAAGGAAGAAGGCCCUGUCGGAGGGGGCCACAGUCCGGGACCUCAGACCUCCCAACCGCGAACACACGCUCUGCUCCUCACAACCCAGCGGGCCGCGUGCUCCUUAUGGCCGCCCACAAAGGACAGGGACGGCUCUGGCUCCUGGGGACUCACAGAUGUGCCGGGCGGCAUCCUCUUGAUGAACUGGCCUGAGCUGUGUGGCUUUGGGCAAUCGACUUGGCCUCUCUGUGCCUCACGUCUUGUCCUUGGCAAGAGCCACGUCUCUCUGCGCCGCCACGUAACUCACCUGCUGUGUCUUGCACAGGAGAAAGUGGAUGUCAGAGGGAGGUGACCCAGAUCCGCCCCAGCAGCCCUCCAGGAACCUGGCCCGAGGUUCGGGGAAGGGUCGCCAGCAUCCAGAACAUGCCUCCCCGCUCCCCAGCUUCUCCUGCCUGCAGCCGCACCCACCCGUGCCCAUGGCCUGCCCGGGCCCGUCACUGCCCGGUGCCUUCGACCUCCUGGGCGCGGCCGGCCAGGACAAGCUGCUCUACCUGAAGCACAAGCUCAAGACGCUGCGCCCGGGCUGCCGGGGGGCCGGCCUGCUGCACGCCAUGGUGCUCCUCACGCUGGGCCAGGAGACCGAGGCCAGGAUCUCCCUGGAGGCCCUGAAGGAGGACGCGGCGGCCCGGCUGGUGGCCCGCCAGUGGGCCGGCGCGGAUGGCGCCGAGGCCCUGGAGGAGCCCCCCGACGUGUCCUGGGCCGUGGCCCGUCUCUACCACCUGCUGGCCGAGGAGCAGCUGUGCCCAGCCUCGCUGCGGGACUCGGCCUACCAGGCCGCCCUCCGCGCCCACGGCUCCAGGGGCGACCGCCGGCUGGCGGAGCUGCAGGACGAGGCCCGGGACCGGUGCGGGUGGGACGUCGUCCGGGACCUGAGUGGCUUCCAGCCCCUCUGUUCCGACCUGGGUGGCCUCCCACCGUCCUCGGCGUCACCCUCUGGGACCAGGAGCCUCCCGCGCCCCAUCGACAGCCAGCUGGACUGGAGCCAGGGGCACUCCCUGCGGUCCACCAGCAGCCCCGUCUCGCUGGCCCGCAGCUUGGCCAUCAGUCAGUCCCCCACCGUGCCCCUCGCGAGCCCGCAGCGCAGCGCCCCGGGGCCCAGCAAGCUCUGCCAGGAGCCCCAGGCCAGCCCGGGGCCUGAGCCUGUCCCCACGGGCUGCCAAGAGCCAGAGGAGAUGAGCUGGCCCCCCUCUGUGGACGCGGCCUGCUCCCUGGAGCUGGCAGACUGCCCGGUCCCCAGGCUCCCUGUGGCGGCCCCAGCCCCAGCCCCUGCCCACCCCCCUGAGCCCCCCGAGGCUCCAGAAACCAGCAGCCAAGUCCCAGUGCAGUGCAUGGAGGGGUCUGCGGGCCCCGAACCUCUGCCCCUGCCCACUGUGGAGGCCACUGAGAGUCCUGGCCUUGUCAAGGAGAGGACACCACCUCAACUCUCGGGAGAAGAGACCGCACCCCAGAAGAGCAAGCCAAGCCCACCCCCGGCCUCAGCCCCGGCCCCCACGGCCUCCCUGCCUUCUCCCCUGCCUCCGACCCCAGCCUCCGCGUCCCCCUGUCCCUCCUCCUUUGAGUCAGCGUCAUCGGAGCAGAAGUUCUAUAACUUUGUGGUCCUCCACGCCAGGGCUGACGAGCAGGUGGCCCUGCGAGUGCGGGAGAAGCUGGAGGCCCUCGGGGUGCCAGAUGGGGCCACCUUCUGCGAGGACUUCCAGGUGCCGGGGCGCGGGGAGCUGCGCUGCUUGCAGGACGCCAUUGACCACUCCGGCUUCACCAUCCUGCUGCUGACCUCCAACUUCAACUGCCGCCUGAGCCUGCACCAGGUCAGCCAGGCCCUGAUGAGCAGCUUCACGCAGCACGGGAGGGAGGACUGCGUCGUCCCCUUCCUGCCCCUGGAGAGCUCCCUGGAGCAGCUCGGCCCCGACACGGCCAGCCUGCUCACUGGCCUCGUGUGGCUGGACGAGAACUCCAAGGUCUUCACCAGGAAGGUGGCCAACACCUUCAAGCCGCAGAAGCUGCGGGCGCGCAAGGCCCACUGGAGGAAGGAGCAGGACGUCCGCGCCCUGCGGGAGCACAGCCAGCGCCUGGAGGGCGAGCGGCGGCAGGCGGCCGCCAUGGGCGCCGCGUACUGGGACAGCCUGCAGAGCUACCGGGCCUGGCAGUCGCAGGUGGACAGGCUCCAGGCAGCCUUCGGCAGCCACUUGUCCUUCGGGACUCGGGUGCCUCACCCGUCUCAGGUGCCCCUGGGGGGCCAGGUGCCCUGGGGGGGGCCGUCCCCCCUCCCCACCUGGCCCGGAUGCCCCCAGUCGCCGCCGUGGCCAGCGGGCAGCCCCGCGCCCGCCUUCCCGCCGCCGCCCCCCACGGCCCCGCCGGCCCCGGGGUUGCAGCCCCUCAUCAUCCACCACGCGCAGAUGGUGCAGCUGGGGCUCAGCAACCACAUGUGGAACCAGAGAGGGGCCCAGGCGCCCGAGGACAAGACGCAGGAAGAAGGGCGGUGACCAGCCGGGCCACGGGGCCGCCCUGGACCCCAGCACGGCCGGGCAGGGCCCGUGGACCCCACCGGGGCGCUCCCUUCGGGUCGCUGCCCCGAAGCCGCCCCCACGCGGGCAGAGGGCUUCGUGGGCCUGGGGUCGAGGAGGGACACGGGAAGUGGGGCGUUUGACGGUAAUAAAUAUUUAUUGAAGGCUC